AUCAGCCACGUGACUCAUAGCACAGGAGUCAUCACGUGCCUUCUUUUCAAGCUCAGCAACUAUCCAGCACACACGUGCCGGCCGCUCCCAACUUUCUUCAAGACGAACAACAAGAUGUCGGCGCCCUCGACGACCGUCCCCUCCGCCUCGACCAUCGAGGUUCCGGAAACUCUCCUCAAGAAGCGCAAGCAAAAUGAAAAGGCCCGUGAGGAGCGCCUCACCGCUGCCGCUGCCGCCCGCAAGGCAUCGAAGGCCAAGCGCAAGGUCAUCUUCAAGCGUGCCGAGUCGUAUGUGAAGGAGUACCUGUCGAAGGAGAAGGAGGAGAUCCGUCUGAAGCGUGCUGCCCGAACUGCCGGAGACUUCUACGUGCCCGCCCAACCGAAGGUCUACUUCGUGAUCCGUAUCCGUGGUAUCAACGAGAUCGCCCCGAAACCCCGCAAAAUUUUGCAACUCCUCCGUCUCCUCCAGAUCAACAACGGCGUGUUCGUGAAGGUCACCAAGGCGACCCAGCAGAUGCUCCGUCUCGUCGAGCCCUACAUCACAUACGGCGAGGCCAACAUCAAAUCCGUGCGGGAGCUGAUCUACAAGCGUGGAUACGGCAAGGUCGACAAGCAGCGCAUCCCUCUCUCCAACAAUGCUGUCAUUGAGGAGGCUCUCGGCAAGUACAACAUCCUCUGCAUGGAGGAUCUUGUCCACGAGAUCGCCACCGUCGGCCCCAACUUCAAACAGGCUGCCAACUUCCUGUGGCCGUUCAAGCUGUCCAACCCUAACGGUGGCUGGCGGACACGCAAGUUCAAGCACUUUGUGCAGGGUGGAGACUUUGGUGACCGGGAGACCAACAUCAACAAGCUGAUCAGGCAGAUGAACUAGAUGUUGAUUUGUCUCUGUCGCUGUUGGAUAUGCUUGAGGGGGAGGGGACGUCGACGAAAACAUUCCAUGUUUAGCUGUAAACUUUUCAUGCCUACUAUGCCCAUUAUGAAAAAGUUGCAUCGAACGCCAAUCCAACACUAUUAUCAUU